AUGACAAGAUAUCCUAGUCUUAGCUACUAUGCACUCUCUUCAUAUUUACUAUUUACCAGCUGUGGUGCACUGGCAUCCACAAGGUUGGAACCUAGGUUAGACAAUGGACUGGCAAUCACACCUCCAAUGGGAUGGAACUCCUACAACCACUACUCAUGCUCCCCGAACGAAUCGAUCAUCCAGUCAAACGCGAAGGCUCUCGUGGACUUUGGCCUUGAUACCCUUGGCUAUCGAUAUGUCACAACUGAUUGCGGCUGGACGGUCCCCUACCGACUCCCCAAUGGGUCCUUGACCUGGAAUGAAACGCUGUUUCCGAGUGGAUUCCCGGCACUAGGGCAGUACAUUCACGAUCUGGGGCUUCUCUUUGGCGUCUAUCAAGAUGCGGGGAUUAAGACUUGUGGAGGACCCCCUGAUCAAGUAGGAAGUUUAUUCCAUGAACAACAGGACGCAGAGACGUUCGCUGCCUGGAAAGCGGAUGCGUUGAAAUACGACAACUGCUAUUCUGAUGCAGCCGCUGGGUAUCCAGAUGCGGAUUAUACACCGAGCACCUCGCCAUCGUUCCGCUACGCGAACAUGACAAAGGCGCUGGCCAGUGUGGAUCGGAAAAUCCUUUUCCAAAUCUGUGACUGGGGCGUCGAUUUCCCCGCGCUCUGGGCUCCCUCUCUGGGCAACACCUGGCGAAUUUCCAACGACAUAAUCCCCGCGUGGCGGACGAUCUUCAGGAUCCUCAACCAGGCCGUGCCGCAGACUUCUUUUGCCGGACCUGGCCACUGGCCAGACCUCGAUAUGCUCGAGGUGGGGAACAAUGUGUUUACGAUCCCGGAAGAGCAGACGCACUUUUCCCUUUGGGCGAUCCUGAAAAGCCCCCUGACCAUCGGUGCCGCGUUGAAUGAUACCUUGACGACGAUCAGAGAUGCCUCGCUCCAGAUCUUGAAACAGAAGGAUGUCAUCAGCUACAACCAAGACCCGCUUGGUGUGAGUGCCAGUCUGAAGAGGAGAUGGACCGAAGAGGGCUUUGAAGUGUGGAGCGGGCCCAUAUCGGGUGGGAAGACAGUGGCUGCAUUGAUCAACUGGGCGGAUGAAUCGAGGAACUUGACGCUGGAUCUCCCUGUCGUAGGCCUACAACACGCGCAGACGCUGCGGAACAUCUGGGACGAAAGCGCAGCCACGAACGUCCGUACGUCGUACACUGCGAACGUGGCAGCUCAUGGAACGAUGUUGGUAGAACUGGCCGGGACAACAGAAGCAGGGAAGUAUCCUGCUGAUAUUUUUGCAACUUCAGAUGGGCACUCGACAACUUUUGAAAACAUCUAUGCCGAGACCACUAGCAGCCAGUACCAGUUGACAAUCGCGUUUGCUCCCGGAUCAUCUCACUCGAGCGAAAUAACGAUCCGAACGAGCCUCGGGGGAUUCAAGACGUCUGCCAAGGUGCAACCGACUGAGAGCCAAAUCUCGGUCAACAUCUCGCUGUCAGCAGGUUCAUCGAACACGAUCACGAUUUCGCCGUCUCCAAUUAUCAGUUACAUAAACGUCACCUCCCCAUCGGGGACAUACUAUCCCUGUACAUCGUUUACACCUGUGGGAUCCGCCAAACCCGAGACUUGCGAUGCGGGAUUCUGCCUGCCUGUCGGGUCCAAAAUCGGCUAUAUCAGCCCGACAGGUAAUGCAAGCAUCACUAUCCCUGCCACGGUGGUGUCUGGCAGUGGCGAUAAUACUACUGCUGCUACUACGACUGCAGGGAAAUACCUCGAGAUCGACUACAUCAACAACGACAUUGCCUUUUCAACCUCGUGGACCACGGGCUCCAAUUCUCGGAAUCUGACAAUCUCGGUCAACGGCGGACCACCGACGAGGAUCGAGGUGCCUCUUUCUGGGAAGCACAGCGAGCUCUUCGGACCAGGCCGUGGCUGGUGGGAUAGCGCGACCUUUGGCGUUUUGGUUGAUGGGUGGAGGAAUGGAGAAAACACGGUGGUGAUAGGGAACCAGGGAGGUGACGAGGGAGUACAGCCGUAUGGUGCGGACUUUGUGGGCUUGCGACUGUAUGAUUGA